AUGGCAAGUAUGGGGCUCAUUGUGGGGUCUUCAAUCGUGAAUCCAACUGGGCAUACAAUUGCGAAAACAAUGGGGACAGGGGAUAAGGUGAUUGUGGCAGAUAUCAAUCUUGCGAUUUGCAACAUGGAAAAGAAGACGGUUUUCGAUUUUGACCGGCAUAGUAGAAUUGAGGUGGAACUAUGGCAUCAUAUCAUCGCAGACGGGAGUGGUUGA